GAGCAUGUGCAUGAAUGUAUGGGUAGGUAUAAUCCGUAGAGGGAGCUUACCUAGAAAAAAGGGUAGGUACCAUCUGUGGAGACUGCUGCUGUCAGGGGCAGGGUAUAUCAUUAUGGAGAUUUCAUCAAAAGAAAAUACUCGAUAUUUCUCAAACAACACAAUCCUGCCUGUUGACCGAUCUUCAUUCAAAUCUGAAUCUUCUGCUUCCAAGGAGAAACAAUCAUGCUGUGGAGGUAUAAAGAUAUUUCUUGGUGCAUUAUCUUUUGUUUAUUUUGCUAAAGCACUGUCAGGAAGUUAUCUAAAAAGUACUAUCACACAAAUAGAAAGAAGAUUUGAUAUCCCUUCCUCUUUGGUUGGCGUUAUUGAUGGCAGUUUUGAAAUUGGGAACCUCCUAACCAUAGUUCUUGUAAGCUACUUCGGAGCGAAACUUCACAGGCCAAGAAUAAUUGGAGCAGGCUGCUUAAUUAUGUCAGCAGGAACAUUCCUAAUUGCAAUGCCCCAGUUCUUCAUGGGACGAUACCAGUAUGAAAGAUUUCCUUCUACCAUGAAUUCAACUAUUAGCAUCUCUCCAUGCCUGCAGGAUAAAAGCCAAACUCCACUCUCAGCCUUGGAAAAAUCUCAAGCCAAAAUAAAUGCAGGAUGUGAAAAAGAAGCAGGCUCUUCUAUGUGGAUCUAUGUUUUACUGGGAAACCUUCUACGUGGAAUAGGCGAAACUCCUAUCCAGCCUUUGGGAAUUACAUACAUUGAUGAUUAUGCCAUUGAAGAGGAUGCUGCCUUAUACAUUGGCUGCGUACAGACGCUUGCAAUCAUAGGUCCAAUAUUUGGCUUUCUUCUUGGAUCCCUGUGUGCCAAACUUUAUGUUGAUAUUGGCUUUGUAGAUCUUGACAGCAUAACAAUAACUCACAAGGAUGUGCAGUGGGUGGGAGCCUGGUGGCUGGGCUACUUAAUAGCAGGUGUGAUCAGUGUUGUGGCUGGCAUCCCUUUCUGGUUCCUGCCCAAGCACCUCCCAAAACCAGAGGGCAGAAAAGACUCCAGUACCUCUUCUGAGCAGUCAAAGUUCAUCACUGAAGAUAACAUGGAGCAACACAAAUAUUAUCAGCAACAAGAGAAGAUUGGUGAGAUGGCAAAAGACUUCUUGCCAUCACUGAAGAACCUCUUUGGGAAUCCAGUUUACAUUCUGUAUUUGUGUGCAAGUAUCCUUCACUUCAAUUCUUUAAUUGGCAUGGUGACAUAUAAGCCAAAAUAUAUUGAGCAACAGUAUGGGCAAACGUCUUCAAAAACGAAUUUUGUUAUAGGUCUUAUCAACAUUCCUGCUGUAGCCUUUGGCAUAUUCUCUGGGGGACUUAUCAUGAAGAAAUUCAGAAUCGGUGUUUUAGGGGCUGCAAAACUCUCUCUGGGAUCAUCUUUCUUUGGUUACCUGCUGCUCCUCUCUUUAUUUGCGAUGGGCUGUAAGAACUCAGAUGUGGCCGGACUGACCGUGUCCUACCAUGGAACCAAGCAGACAUCUGGAUAUGAGCAAGGCCUGUUCUCAGACUGCAACUCAGACUGCAUGUGCUCCCAAAAUGACUGGGAUCCCAUCUGUGGGGAAAAUGGCAUUACCUAUGUUUCUGCUUGUCUUGCUGGCUGUCAGGCAUCCAACGGAAGUGGGAAAAACACCGUAUUUUUUAACUGCAGCUGCGUGGGAAUUUUAGAAUCUCCUUCAAGAAACUCCUCAGCUGUGAUGGGACCAUGUCAAAAAGCAAAUGAGUGUCCAAAAAUAUUUUUGUAUUUUCUGGUAAUAUCAGUUAUUACUUCAUAUACUUUGUCAGUAGGUGGCACACCUGGAUACAUACUUCUUCUAAGAUGCAUUAAACCACACUUGAAAUCAUUUGCACUUGGUAUCUAUACCCUGGCAGUAAGAGUGCUUGCUGGAAUUCCAGCCCCAGUGUAUUUUGGAGUGGCAAUAGAUACCACUUGCCUGAAAUGGGGAAGCAAACGAUGUGGGGGAAGAGGAGCAUGUAGACUCUAUCACUCCAGCACACUCAGAUACAUGUACCUGGGGCUGACUUUGGUGUUGGGCACCAUGUCCAUUUUCUUCAGCAUUGCUGUUCUUUGGGUUCUCCGGAAGAGGUCUGCUCCGCAAGAUGAAACCCUCUCAGCCAACGGGGAGAGAGGCACCUGUGUGACAGACAGCAGGAAAGAUAAUUUCUUCAACAGUGACCAUUUAAUUCAGACAACUUACUGGCCAGAAAAGGAGACUAGGCUUUAGGAGGACUGAGAUCUCCACCAUGACUUUAUCCAGUGAGUGGUGUUCAAGGCAAAAAUUCAUAAUCAGUGAAGCAACUAGUAGUAUCUACCCUGAAAAUAUUUGCCGUCCUGUAACUUUCUUUGUAAAUACCAAAAGCAAAGGAUACAGCAUUUUAGCACAUGUCCAGCUCUGAAAACACUGCUCACCAUUUGUCCUGAGGAAUCGGUGGCACUCAAGUGAGGGGAUUUGUUAUGGAUGGGGAGGUGCAGCUUGCUGCAGAAGCAGGUUUUGUGGCUGUUCCUCAGUUCCAUCCCUCCUUGCCAAGCUGCAACAGCUCUGCUGCCUGUUGUCUGCCUUCUGUGUGUGAGGAGUAGUGGGUAGGCUGCAGUGAAAGUCUCUCAACCAUGCUACCAGUCCGACUUGGCAGUCUGGAAGGUGCAGGGAUAUUCUGCACCAAUUCUUGUACAUAGCGCACCUUUGCAAGCAGUGCAGCGUAAGACAGGAGGAAGGUGGCCUGCUGAAAGGACAAUUCAGCUACAGGCUCUGGGCAACAUGCAAAUUCAACCUGUAA